CACCCUCCCAAGAUGGCGACUCCCGGAGAGACACUCCCAAGGGGACAGCCAUGUUAGUGGCCUGACAAAGUCACUAAAGAAAAUCGGAAAGCCCGCCUCUUCUCCGUCACACACAGACACGCACACGCACUGACACCUCGUUUCUUGGAGUCUCUGCGGAGCCCCUGGACCAGACCCCAUAGUGAAGGCUGCAGGAUCUUCCUUCCAGCCCCAGAAGCUCUGGUUGAGUCCGCGGACCCGCCUGGCCUCAGGGUACCGGGAGGAGUGGAGUUGUCAGCAGGAGAGCCUGAGGGCUGAGGCUCAGCGGGACAAUGCCAGCCAACCGGAGCUCUCCCCAGUGGUCCCCAGCCCUGGCUGCAGAGGGACAUGGCAGUGUGUGUGAGGUGUCAUUCGAGGAUGUGACUGUGGACUUCAGCAGGGAGGAGUGGCAGCACUUGGACCCUGCUCAGAGGCUCCUGUACCGGGAUGUGACACUGGAGAACUAUAGCCACCUGUGCUCAGUGGGGUACCAGGUUCCCAAACCAGAGGUCAUCUUCAAGUUGGAGCAAGGAGAGGGGCCAUGGACGUUGGAGGAGGAAACCCCACAUCAGAGCUUCUCAGAUGAGGAUAAUGGGCAAACCCAACAACAGAGAAUUUCUGGAGAAGUUUCAUUACACUGUGAGAAAUUUGGUCAGUCCAUAGGAAAUGAUUCAUUGUGUUCCAUUUUAGAAGAACUGUGGCAAGAUAAUGACCGGCUAGAGAGAUAUCAAGAAAACCAAAAUAACCCUUUAAGUCAUGUGAAAGUGUUGAUUAAGGAGAGGGGCUAUGAAUGUAAAAACAUUGAAAAAAUAAUUCAAGUGAGUACCAGGCUUGUUCCUUCCAUUAAAAGACUCCAUAACUAUGACACAUUUGGAAAGAGUUUGAAGCAUACUUUAAACUUACAUAAUCAUAAUAAAAGCAAUGCAACAAAGAACUUUGAUAAGAUUUUUAGAAAUGGUAACAAUUUUGCCCAUAGCUCUUCCUCUACUAAGAAUGAGAAUGCUAAUACAGGAGCAAACUCCUGUGAACUUAAUCAAUGUGAAAAACAUCUUGGCCACAAACAAGUUCUCACCCACCAUCAGAAAAUUCAUACUGAAGAGAAACUUUAUGUGUGUACUCAAUACGUACAGACGUUCACCCAAAAGUCACAUCUUUUUGAGCAUCAGAGAAUUCAUGCUGGAGAAAAAUCCCAUGAAUGCCGCAAGCGUGAGAAUGUCUUCACUCAGAAGCUGCAAACUGAGGUACCUCAAAGUGUUUACACAAGAGAGAAACCUUUUAUAUGUACUCAAUGUGGGAAGGCCUUUACACUCAGGUCAAACCUCAUUACACAUCAGAAAAUUCAUACUGGGCAGAAACCCUAUAAAUGCAGUGAAUGUGGAAAAGCCUUUUUCCACAGAUCAUAUCUCUUUAGACAUAUGAGAAUUCAUACAGGAGAAAAACCUUAUGAAUGCAGUGAAUGUGGAAGAGGCUUCUCCCAGAAUUCUGACCUCAAUAUACAUCAGAAAACUCAUACUGGAGAGAAACACUAUGCAUGCAGUGAAUGCGGGAAAGCCUUCACAAGAAAGUCAGCACUCAGGAUGCAUCAAAGAAUUCACACAGGAGAGAAACCUUAUGUAUGCACUGAAUGUGGGAAGGCCUUCAUCCAGAAAUCCCAUUUCAAUACACAUCAGAGAAUUCAUACUGGAGAAAAACCUUAUGAAUGCAGUGACUGUGGGAAAUCGUUCAUUAAGAAAUCACAACUCCAUGUGCAUCAAAGAAUUCAUACAGGAGAAAAACCUUAUAUAUGUACAGAAUGUGGAAAGGUCUUUACUCAUAGGACAAAUCUUACUACACAUCAGAAAACUCAUACUGGAGAGAAACCGUAUAUGUGUGCUGAAUGUGGAAAGGCUUUCAGUGAUCAGUCAAAUCUCAUUAAACACCAGAAAACUCAUACUGGAGAGAAACCCUAUAAAUGCAAUGGCUGUGGAAAGGCCUUCAUAUGGAAGUCACGCCUCAAAAUACAUCAGAAAUCUCAUAUUGGAGAGAGACACUAUGAAUGCAAUGAAUGUGGAAAAGCCUUUAUCCAGAAAUCAACACUCAGUGUGCAUCAGAGAAUCCAUACAGGAGAGAAACCCUAUGCUUGUCCUGAAUGUGGGAAGGCCUUCAUCCAGAAAUCACACUUCAUUGCACAUCAUAGAAUUCAUACUGGAGAGAAGCCUUAUGAAUGUAGUGACUGUGGGAAAUGCUUCACGAAGAAGUCACAACUCCGGGUGCAUCAGAAGAUUCACACAGGAGAGAAACCCAAUAUAUGUGCUGAAUGUGGAAAGGCCUUCACUGACAGGUCAAAUCUCAUAACACACCAGAAAAUCCAUACUAGAGAGAAACCCUAUAAAUGCAGUGACUGUGGAAAAACCUUCACCUGGAAGUCACGCCUUACUAUCCAUCAGAAAUCUCAUACUGGAGAGAGACACUAUGAAUGCAGUAAAUGUGGGAAAGCUUUCAUCCAGAAAGCAACACUAAGUUUGCAUCAGAUAAUUCAUACAGGGAAGAAACCUUAUGCUUGUACAGAAUGUCAGAAGGCCUUCACUGACAGGUCAAAUCUCAUUAAACACCAGAAAACUCAUAGUGGAGAAAAACUCUAUAAAGCCAGCGACUGAAAAUGCCUUCAGCUGGAAAUCACAACUGGAUAUGCAUCAGCUGUCUCAUAGUGGAGAGACGAGGAGUGCCUGAUGCAUCAAUCAUUGUGCAGGGGGAGUAGAUAUGACAGACUACAAACAGCCUAAGUGAACAGAAGGCAAACAAAGCCAAGUAUCCUUCAGUCAGGUGGAAUACAAGUUGAUAUGCAAUUAUAUGCAUAGGGAGACACUUCGAUAAAGCAUUUGAGCAAUAGCCCUGUUUGGUUUUAUGAUUCACACAGGUACUCUCAAUCUCCUGCAAAUGGUAGAAAUAGAGACCCCAGGAGAUGACUUGUAAUCUCCUGUGUUUCACUUUU